AUGGGAGAUAUCUUGAAGCGUUUAACGGGAGACUCCGCUUUGCCGGUUUACUGCCACAUAGAAAAGUACCGGCGCGGGAAAGACGGUGUGUACUCGGUGGCAGAGGACUUCAUUGAAACCGUGAAAAAGCGAGAAAUGGUGAACGCGAAAGAGCGACUCAGGAUUAGAAACCUCAACACCAUGUUUUCGCAGCUGAAGAGGAUGGUUCCCCUCAUGCGGCCCGACAGAAAGCCCAGUAAAGUGGACACAUUACGGGCGGCGGCAGAGUACAUCCGGCUCCUUGUGGCUGUUCUGCAGGACACUGAUGGAGACAUGGGCCGCGGGACUGAUUAUCUGAAGAAUGCGAUCUCCUACGGGCAGAGUGAAGCCCUGAACAACGAUCUCUGGAGGGUGGAGGAUUUCUUUAACUUGCCUGAUGAGCCCAUAGAACAGGAGGCGACGAUGGAGUUGGCCCCGCAGAGUGGAGCCGAGGGUGGAGACAUGAGGCUGGUCCUUCAGCACUGCGCCUACCAGUUCAUCAUCCAAGUGACACCCGAGCAACAAGUCACUUGUCCGGAUCUAGAGGCCGAGCUCACCGCCACCUCACCCAGCUGA